AUGAUUGCAACAUUUGCUGGCACCACAAAGAGGCAUGCUCAUUUCUACAACAUUGCUCAAGGGUUGUUGGCCUGUUUGGCUGUUCACCAGAUCAUCACCAUCACAGUCUCCCUCAUCAUGGUUGUUGCUGCUUUGAUUACAACAUUGGUUUUAAAAAAUUGCUGCGCAGAAAAUGGGAAUGGACAUCGGAAUAGUCACCAGCGGAAGAUCAACCAACAAGAGGAGAGUUGCCAAAAUCUAACUGAUUUUACCGCUGCACGAGUGCCGAGCAACCUGGACAUAUUCACUGCGUACAACGAGACCCUUCAGUGCUCCCAUGAAUGUGUCCGUGCGUCAAUGCCCGUCUAUGCUGACCAAGCCCUACACCCAACCACUGUUUAUAAAACCACAUUCAAUGGAAACCGAACACCCCCACCUGAACGGCAGCUAAUCCCAGUGCCCUUCGUUUCGGAGAAAUGGUUUGAAAUCUCCUGCUGACUGGCC